AUGGGGAGCACUGCCACUAUGGGAGGUUAGCUGACUAACGUAGUUCCUAGCAAGUGUUUCCCCGAACAUGGCGGACGUUGCUUAUUCGAAUUUUCAAGGGACACAAUGAGAGUGCACCGAAUUUGCCGCGGUGAUGUCCGUGACUAAGGGCGUGUGGUGAUCCUGAGGGUGGCCGACGUGGAUACCCGGGCGCCACCGUGAUAGUUACGGUUACAUGCGUGCCGGCGUGUCGUCGUCCUGACUUCAGGGAAUAGGGUUUUACCGCGCCGCGAUUGUGUGUCUCGGAGCGACGAACCGUGGCGGGGCCCCCAUGGUUGUAAAUGGCUGACGGGAAUCGGAAAAUGAGGCCCGAACGUCGCGCGUGAUUCCACGGCUAAGACGCUGAGGUACGAUAUAAGAAGGUGUUUGGAGAUCGAACGAUAUUCGCGCGGUCUUCUGUCCUAAAAACACCACCACCGGGUCCAAGCACCGCCCGGUGCUAGAAGCUGUCCCGGGGGUUGCUCGUGUCUACAGUAUCGCCCAGUGUCUUCGUCAAAUUGUGAUCCGACUAUAGGGCUCGUAUUCCCUCGAUCAGCAAUAAAUUUCAUUUCAGUUCGAUACUUGUCAUCGGAAGUUAAAUCUUCUCGAAUUAUGUAUCUCGCGCUCGUACGCGAUGUUUCGUCUUGUUUUAAAACAUCAUUUGUAGGUGUUCUCGUUUGUUAACGAGAAUGUAAACGCGCGGACUGCUUUUCAAUGAGAUACCGAUCAUGUGGUCGUUAUUUGUUUCGCAGGUUUUCGCGAUACUUUUUCGAUUCUUGUAACGUACUUAUCGCCACUUGUAAUGGAUGUAAAUGAAUGAUUUGGGCUGACGACCAUCUAUUUUACACAUUUGCGUGGACCAAGCAUUAUGUGUACAUGCAUAUGAAAAUUGAUAUUAGAUAAUUUAAAUAUUGAUGUUUGUUACAUAAAAUGUUUCUGAAUACAAUGAAGCUGUGUUUUUAAUAAUUCAGUCAAGCAAAACAAUGAAACAGGGUAGAAAAUGUCAGAGCCAGAAGAAAGUCUGGCAGCGCCGGAUAGCACUACGAGGGAACAAAAGUUGGGUUUCUCUCAUGGAGAUGAUGUUCUUCUUCAACAUAAGGAUGGCAAAUAUUACCUUGGAACAAUUGUUGAGGUGGAUUUGGCAAGGGAAAAAUGCCUUGUCAAAUUUAUGGACAACACCUCGGCAUGGUCUUCAGUUAAGGAGCUGACAAAGCUGUCAAUACCAGAUUCCGAUGUUAUGUGCGUUCUUUGUAAAAAAUCUCAGCCCAAGACUGAUAAUGACAUUAUUGUUUGUGACAAAUGUGGUCGUGGUUAUCAUCAACUUUGUCAUCAGCCUCAGAUAUCAAAGGAAGAAACAGCAGCUGAGGCACAUUGGAUAUGUAAAAGAUGUGUAGAUAGUCAACCACGGGCACGCGAAGUUGUAGAACCAAAAACUUCUAUGGUAAAGGCAAGUAUAAGAAAAGUUUGCAGUGGAAGGGACCAACCUCAGCCGCCACCAGAUGACAUGACAAAGUUGCCGUAUGAUCCUAAUAUGCUAAAUUGGGAUGCGCAUCAUAGAGUAAAUGCUGAACAAAUUUAUUGUUAUUGUGGAUUAAAUGGUGAAUGGUAUACACAAAUGUUGCAAUGUGCUCGUUGCAAGCAGUGGUUUCAUGAAAAAUGCGUCAGUUGUUUAACUUAUCCUUUAUACAGUGGAGACAGGUUUUACGUAUUUGUUUGUUCAAUGUGCAAUUAUGGUAAAGAAUUCGUACGGCGGCUAGAAUUAAAAUGGAUAGAUCUGGUGCACCUGAUGUUGUACAAUCUGACUGUUUACAAUGCUAAAAAGUAUUAUGAUUUAGACACUGUUAUUAUACCUUAUGCCAAUGAUAACUGGAAUACUUUACAGCUUCCGCCACGGAUCAGGGAUGUCAGUGCUCAAAUACGCAGAGAAUCUAUACUAGCAAUAUUGACAAAUAAUAGAAACAGAUUCAAGUGUGGCAGAGAAAUAAAGAAACGUACUACAAUAUGGGGUCUUAGAGUUAGGUUACCACCACCAUGUCCAAUUGUUCAUCUUCCAGUAACUGGUGUAAUUGAUGAUUCCGUAUUACGUAGAUGUUGGGGGGCUAAUAAGAGACUGGGAUAUCUUCCUCCGCCUACAGGGCCGAUAUCUUUACCAGAAAGUACAAAACAAUUGACUGCAUUAAAACAAAGUACGGCAGAAAAUUUAGAAAUCCCCGUGAACCCAUCAGAUGUAGUAAUGCGUGGAACAAUAUAUCAGAAUUCAGAAGCAGAACAAAGUUCGUGUCCAAGUCCAAGCCCACCAAAUCAAUCUACGCAAUCUCUAAGAGAAAGGUAUAGCGGAGGUGGUUUUGUGAAGAAAUCAUUCCCAUUCCCCAAGCUCAGUUUACAAAGAAGAAGACGCUUAAUGGCGUUAGGCAGUUCGCGCGAAAGAAUGUUGCGAAAACACAAGAAAAGAGAGAAAAGCGAUGGCCCUUUAAGCAAGGCUCAGGGCGUUCGAGAAGCUAGAUACAGGAAAGCUAGGAAGUUACUGAAGAACGCUAUAGCGAAGGUUAGCACGAAGAGUAAGUCUCGAAACUCGGAAACGUCUGAUUUACCACCAACGCCUCCAACUUCAGUUUCUGGUCCUCCUACACCACCUGCCACAACUUCAGGUAUAUCUGAACUAUCCGUGCCUAGUUCCGUGGAAUUGAUGCAUCCUCUACCACCGUCGACACCCGCUGACACUAGCGGGGAUGAAACGAGUUCGAGAGGAACAUUGGAUUCUUUCAUUCCACCGCCCAAAGACUUUGAAGGCAAGAAUAAUCCAUUCAGAAAUCUGAGUGAUCUAUUGGGUGCAUCUGGCAAUCUAAAUCAGUCGAAUUUAAGUACUCCGUCACCGUACAAUCAAUGCCCGAUCACAUUACCUCUACCGCUCACACCAGUUAUAUCACAACCACCGGUAGUACGGCCCGCCAAAAGGCAGUUAUCGGAGAAAGACAUUAUCAUAGACAGAAACGGGCAGGUUAAACGUAGACGACAACAUCGGAGAGGUCGGCCAUCCCAACAACAAAUACAGCAACAGUACCAGCAUACUGCUAGUAAGACGGCGACCAUUUUACCGGCGCGUAAUAGCGAAGUUAAAAGUGAGUUUGCAAGGAAUUUAAGAAGUUCAUUUAACGGUGCCUCAAGCAGUGCUAGUAGUCAAAUUGGAAAUUGUGUUGAUUAUGCCUUAAACGGGAGGAGACUGAGACAACGUCAGAGCAAUGACAAACAGCCGGCUCCGGAUUUGCAAGCGCAAAAGAAAGGUAGCGUACCUACAUCUCCAAAGUGUUCACCCGUCAAACAAAGUGCACCCGACAUAUCCAUUGAUGAUCUAAAGUCAUCGGUGAACAUAUAUUUCGGAGCGGCGAAUAGAAUAGCCGCCGGUGAAAAGUUUGUCAUCAGAGCAAAGAGGAUAGGAUCGAACGGUCAGACUCAAUACCUAAUCGAGUGGGAGGGACUUAAUACUUAACAAUGAAUUCGUUUACGAUCCGAAGAAACUCAUUGCGAACUUAUACAAUGUUUUCGUUGGCAUCGAGCAAAAACAGCAUUCGACUGCUAAUUAGUUUCUUCCGUUUUUUUUUCUCCCUUCAUAUAUUUUCUUUUCUUUUUGUUUUUGAACCUCGGUGUUUCAAACGAACGACUUAGUGACAAAUUGAUCCGUGUCACAUGCACUGCCAUUCGUUACAUAUGUUUUAUAUAAUAAGUAUGUAUUAAUUGGUGUACGAUGUACGACUGUUCUUGCAAAUGUAAACUUGUUUCGUUCAUUGACAAAGUGAUAUUCGUACGAAAACACCGUAUUCCAAUAGAACAAACUUCAUUGCUGGCCAAUGAAUUUGUUUAGCCACUUUUUAUUUUUGAAACAGCAUCCGGUUAGUUUCGCUUUGCACGUCAAAAAAGAAAACAAAAAAAAAAAAGAAGAAAGACUUUUCCACGGAUUUGAUUUACAUUCAAAAUGUACCGUCCAUAAUUACCUUCGACGCGUCAAAUUCAAUUAACGUUUGUACGUCUAUUUUACUACGAAGCAGCUAGUAGCGCACGUGUAAAGGAAACACAUUUACAAGAACAAUCAGGUACAUUGCUUAUGAAGUGUAAAUAUUGUAGCAUAGUAGGUUUCGCAGAAAAAUCGAUGAAUGUAAGACGAGUUUAAUCGCAAAUGAAGAACAUAGAAAAUGGACUCGUUUGCGCCGGUUUUACAUUCAUUAGAGAUUGGCCAAUCGCUCCUUAUGAGCUGCGGAGCAGACCAUGAUCACGACGAGAGAAGAAAAAAAAAAGCGAAUUGAAAUUGACUGUUGUUCCUCUCACUUGAGCUAACGUACUAGCGAACGAGUUAGUGCUUAGUUUUUACAGAGUAAAGCAGAGUAAGAAAAGAGAAAAAAAAAAAUUGAAACAAAGAGCAGACAUGGUGCAAAGGUUAUUUUUCAAUACAAUCGUAGAGAUAGACAUCCGCUUCUGUAACUCGAUCGUCUCGUACUGUUUUCUCGCAUCAUCUUCGCGACAAUACGAACAAGAAUCAUAUGCGAUGAUUACUGGCAUGGCUGCAUCAUUUUAUUUUAUGCUUGUAUCGUGAUACUUAACAUCGAUAAUGAUCCUAAGUAUUUAUACAUAUUCAAGAAUUCCAUCAAACGGUUCAAGACGAUCGAGAUACGGUUCUAGCAUUGCUCAUUAUUAUACAAGACUAAGGGGAAAAAACACAAAUACACACAUACACUCCUAUUUCGUACAAUAUAACAAAAGCUAAACACGUAAGUGAUUGGCCAAAAUUGUCUGUGCAAAGAUUUAACGACGACUUUGUACAAUUCUCUACGCGGAUUUUUCAAGCGGGAGAUCAUUUCCGAACUCGUAGCGAAUCUUAACGAAUUGUUCUUGUUAAUUAUUAAAAGAAAAAAGCGCGCGUACGACGCGAAAUGAAUUUUGUAAAAUUUACAUGGUCAGUAGCAAGAAUUCUUGAAACGAUAUUUCUUUAAUUUAAUAACUAUGCUGCACAGAAUUUGGGGUCAGAACUUACCAAUUAGUAUACUAUAAAAACUGCAGGAAAACUAGAAAUAUUCCUCGUUAAAGUCUCCGAUUGAAAGAGUUCAUUUUAAAAAAUUGUGCUCGAUUCUUGAAAAGGAAAAAAAUCGAGGCUCCCUUAUUUUAUCUGUCUUUCUUUCGGAUACCAAAAAUAGUCUUCUUAUGUUCUUUCUACUCUUUUGUUUAAUAAUUUAUUAGCGAAAAACGAAGGUCGUACGAGUUUGUUCCCUUAAACAUCAGGAUACAAGAAAUCCGCGAGUCAUUCAUUGCUUAGACAGACUUACCUAAGAUAGGUAUUUUUUUUAAGCUCUAAUUUAUUUAAUCUACUUACACGUAACGAUCAUUUUGCGCAUUGUGACUCCUUUAGAGAGAUCAUUAUAGCUCAGCAACACAGCGAUGGCAAUCUUCGAAUCACACGUACAAGAAUCAUUUUGCCAACUAAACAGUCGCUCAUUAUUCUUAUACCGUUUCUACAUUCUUUUCUCUUGUUUAUCAUUAUUCGCGAGAAAACGUUCUUUAUUUGAUCGUCUUCGAAAGAUGUGUUCAAGUGUGUUCAAGUUGUAACCGGUGUUAACUGUGCGAAAUUUAAUAAACACGAUCGAAUAACUGGCGAAUUACUAGUUAGUCGGACGAGUACCCUUUCAAUUACUAAUUGGAUUACGUACAAAUUAUUCCACAAUAUAAAAUCAGAAGCUAUUCGGUAAUCUUAUUUUUAAUAUAGGAAAAAACAAUGUAAAAUCAAAAGAAUCGUAGAUCUAUCAAACCUACAAAAAAUUAAAUCUGCACCCUGAAUAAUAAAUUAUUAAUUGAGAGGGUACGAAUGUUUUAAUGAGAGAUACUCAAUAGCAUGAAUUAUUUGUUCAGAAAAAGUGCAUCGCAAAGAGCGGGACAACGUUACUCUCUAAAGGAACGUAAAUAGGUAAUUAUUGGACGAGAAUACACUGCCAAACAUCUUUUAAGUUAUAAUUUAAUAAACAAACGUUAGACAAUAUACUGCGCUAUGAUACUUCGAUUAAUUUUUAAUCGAACGAACGUACAGUAUGGAGUAAGGUAGGCUUCCUUAGGGUAAAUGGCAUUACAAGGAAAGCAGAAAUUCUCAAAACCUUGAAAGUGAUAUAGAAAAAGAAAUAACAAUUUUUAAUUAUUAAAUUUCAUAAAAUUUAGUGUGCGAAUGACUGAGGAGUAGGAGGAAGCCUUCGAGCGGUGGGAGGACCUCCGGAUAUCGUUAUUUUCCCUGAGGAAAUCUACUUUGCUCAACGCUGUACGUGUAUUUAGUUUCUUUUAUUAUUAUUAUUAUUAUUAUUAUUAUUACUAUUGUAAUAUUAUUAGUAAUUUGUUUUUCGUUCUUUCGUCCUCUUGUCACGCGAAGAAUAUUGUAAACGGCGAACUCGAGUACAAUCUAAGAAAGUCGUUUUCGUAGAAGCUGUUAUUUUUUUUCAGCAACUAAAGUAAGCGUAUUAAAGUGGUCAACGAAUAUAGAAAAGCGACGAUGUUUCGUGUAUUUUUCGUACGAAACGAAUGAAUUCCAUCCCCCAUAAUUUUUUUUGUUCUCUCUGUCUCGAUCAACAUUGUGAAGAAAAAAACCUCGUGAUCGUUUUAUGUAUUGUUUAAUAAGUAAGUUAAGAGAGGACGAUUAGAAAACGACGCACUUGCAUCGUAUUAACCAAGUUAAUGCAAGGUAUAUUAAUUUUAAUGAAGCGUCGCGUCGUUUCGCACUUGUAUUGUUAAACGAUUUCUAUACUUUUUUUUUUUUUUUUUUUUUUUUUUUUUUUUUAAUUUUUCUUGUUAUAUUCUCGCGGUCUAUCUUGUAAGCUCUACGAAUGCGAUUGUUUUCCUUUUCGUAUCACGGUGAUUUGAUUUCGUUGAGGUUUCCUUCUUUACGCUCGAUCUGAACCGAAUUGAGCAAAGGAAGCAAGGGAUUAAUAAAAAUUUCGUAAAUAAUUUAAUAAUUUAAGUCAUCUAAUUUUAUUAGGUAUAAUUGCAAGAUAUUUCAUAAAUUUUAGGUCUAAAGUUUGAAAGCUCCGAAAGAAAUUUCUAAUCUCUACUUUGAUUUUUAGUACUCAUUGAUUCGGUUCAGAUUGUAAGAUCGAUCACAUGCGGUUUGAAGGCGACAGGGGAAGAACGAAAUCAUUGAAAACGGUUGCGAACACAAUCCACUGUACAAAGCCAGCGUAGACGCUAAAUGAAGCGGAUAAUUACGCUCGCUAUGAGCGUACGCGCGAGAAAAAACCCUUUCGCGCGAGGAAACGCGGAUUAAGACUUUGUCAAUUAAAAAGUUUAUUUACCCUUUCCAAAAUAUUUACAAUUUCGAUCUGUUCCUAAUUUUAGUAAUCAACCCUUGUUUCGUAGGGUUGGAUCGUGGUUGUUCCAGUCGUUGUCAGAGUUAAUUAAUUUGUGGGUUAAUUAAUCCAGUAUCAAGCUUCGAUACGAUUUUAUAAUCCAAACGCACAACAAUCAGUGCAUCGAUAUAGAAUAUUAAUCAAAAGUUACAGGGGUUAAUAAACUUAUUGACUGCUCAUUGACUGAUAAUUAAUUGACAGAGCUAUUGAAAUGAAAUUGUGCCACAACACUAAUUGAAAAUGAAUGAAUAAAUUAUUAUAGAUAGUUAGUCUCGAAUGACGGAUGUUCUAAGACUGACACAGCAGAUGCAGGGUCAUUUUUACCCAUAAUUAAAACUUUACUAUAUGCAGCUCCGAAGGCUGAAUUGUGUACAAAAUUUAAAAUAUAUUUUCAAUUGUAAAUACUAUAUUUAAAUCUAAUAAAGUACAUACCUGGAAUAAGCUCUACGAAUAAACUUUCUAUAUUUUACACAUUUUAUUUAUAACUGGGUCAAAAUGAUCCUACAUCCGUCAUACAAGAGCUAAUUAUUUAUUUAUUACAAAAUUCAAAUAUUAAAGUAUAAUUGUGCUACAACGGCAAAGUUUUAUUCAAUUUUAAUUUAUUAUUUAAUUAAAAAAGGAUGUUUAUUUCAUCCACAAACGAUUAGUAAUAUGUUAAUUAGUCAAUUUGACGCGCGUUUCCGGUUCGCGAAGGGUGAAACAGGAAGCUGAAGAUGUACUGCCAGUAUCGUAUGUAAAUAUUCUCUCCCCCCUAGGUACACGACUCCCAUCCAAUUUUUUGUUUUUUUUUUUUAAAUAAUGCAAACAUUUUACGAAUACGCGAAUUAUUAUUCUUGUGGAAUAACGCGCGUUUCGAAGCGUAUUUCGAAGAAAAAUUAUUAGCAACAAGCCAACCGACGGUACUUAGGAUGGUCCAUGUAAAUACACGAGAGUUCUUCAAACGAUUUUUAUACGAGACAAUUGUUCAGAAUUGCCGAUAAUAAACACGAUAAUUUUUGACAAGAGGAUUGUUUAAUUUUAAACGAUCACUAUGCAAAUUCUGUUGGAAUAGCGUUGCAGACUUUGAAAGUACACAGACAAAGGAAUAAAAUUAAGUCUAGAUAUGAUUGUUUUAUUUUAUUUACCAUGGAAGUGUCAGAAUAACAAAAUUUUAUAAAAUGUUGCAGGUUGCCUUUAUAAUGUUUAAAAUACUCCUCAAAGAGAAAUUUCACAGAAUACAAUAAAAAUAGAAAAAUAAUAAUUUCUCUGCACUGUUCAAUUUCUGAAACGCUAUUUCUUCAACGCGAAUACCUCAAGCAACGAAAGCUCGCUCGAAAUAACAGGUGCCAAUGAAUUGCUAAUAAUUUUUCUACGACGUCGAAUCGCUUUGCGACCGAUAAUUCAAUUAUUGACUUAAUGAGGGAUCUAUACGAUCGAAGUAAAACAAAAAGAACGAAAUUUUUGUUUCGUUUCCGAGGGAUGAUUAUGUAUGAGUGAUAAGCGAGAAACUAUACAAAAAAUGCUAGAAUGUUUGAAAGUUUCGCGAGUAUGUGUGUGUGUGUGUGAGUUCUGUAGCCUGUAAGGAUCGAGGUAGAAGAAAAGCGAAAGAAAAAUGAAAAAUAAAACGUAAGCGAGCGAUCUUUCGAUGUGUCGGUUCCUCAGAAAAUUCGAACGAAGGAAAAUAUAAGUGGAAUCGAGUUUCAAUUCGAAUCGGCCAGUCUGAUUUUUCUCCGGGAAAUUUUGUAUAUUAGACGAAUUAACGAAGAUACAAAUUAUUAUUAUAUACGAUUCGAGCUUUCGAAUUCGCGUGUUUGGAAUUUUGCGUCCGUGAAGAGGAACGAGGAGAAAAAACGCGACGAUUUCUGUGUGAUAAUAGACCGUUUCACUCAAGGAUCCCUUGAUUACGUUCCCGACGUAUAUUUCCAUUGAUAAAGUUACUUGAAUGACCAGAGCGAGUGAGAGAAUUGAAAAUGAGGAAUAUUUGUAUAUACACCGCCUGCACUUUGUACGAGUACUGCGAUCGUGUCGUUGUUCAACGAUCAAUCUUUUUCUUUUUUUUUUUGUUUCCUUUCGUCGUCUAAUAAAGUGAAUUCUUCAUGACCUCUUCAA